CACUGCCUAGAACUGGUUUCUUUUCUCUGCAGCCGUUGUUCUCCGACAUACCUCACACGCACUCCACUCAAGACCUCCGUCUUAUAGCAAAAAUUCUGGACAGAAAGUCACGCAUGCCUGAUGAACUGGAAGUAAAGCGGCGAAUGUCAAUGUUGUGUGUCAUCACUUGUUUGACAAGUCUGAAGAUUGCAACUAAUUCCUUCUUUAGUAAUUCGACCGCAAGACAGAUUCACCUGAGCCAUACGAACGUCGAUGGGAAUCCAGAGAACCAACUCGCUCCUCCGCUUCCUAUUACCAGAGACAUCCCUCCUGGUUACGUGCCUGCGUUUCAGAGUGUACGAACUGGCUUGGGCGGGGAUGAAGCGUCAACUGCUGUCAAGGUUCCCCGUCUAGUGCCCUUUGUGGAGCAACUCAAGUUAAUACCAGCAAACCCGACGAAGGGUCUCCAGUCAGUUGGAUUCUGUCAUCAAGCCGAAGUGGAAUCUUCGGCCCAACUGGCUGUACACCCUCGAUCAGAUCGUCCACGGUUAUGCGCAACGGAAGCCACUGAAGCCACUAUAGCUGAAACCAAGCGAUCGGAUCGAGCUACAACCGGGCCGCAAUUAAAACCAAAACUGACGCCAGUAGAUCUGACACGUGGUUCUAUCAACCACUCAGUUUCAUUCGUUACAUCCCAUCGCCCAGCCAAGUCACCAGUACCAAGGGAUGCCGGACCAAUUGUGACUGGAAUCAAGCGGAAAAGAUUGGGAAUGGGUCGAGGUGGGACCGGGUAUUCUAAUAAGAAAUUCAAAGUCCCUGCGCCACCGUGAUAUCCGCGGGGUGAUAGUCUAUUUACUUGCAGCGCUGAUCGAUUAUCAGUCUUUGCUCCUGUGGCGUCAUCACACUAAUACAAGACCAGAACAUUCACUGCCAGACAUGCAGACAUUAAAUCCGCGUAGCAUCUUUGGAAGAGACUCA